UGGGACUUCCCGCGCCGGUUGCUACGACAAGCACGGCUCUUCCUUAGCAACCGGCACCGGGGUGGCGGCGCGGGCCGCGGCGGCGGCGGCGCAGCAUCGCCUGGGCUGAGAAGUUUCCCCUCCUGCUGAAGCUGCUCUGCCUGUGCUCACAGAGCCGUGUUCCUCUCUGCUGUCUGUGCUGCAGCACCUUGCUGAGCUCCAGGCAGCCCUUCCACUCCCUCCCAGGGUCACUGUGGAAGGACCAUGGCAGACACCGGGGAGGGGAAAAAGGAGGAGGCUGAAUAUAAAAGACUUCACACCUUUCCACUGAUCAGGCACACAGACAUGCCGGAGGAGAUGCGUGUAGAGGCCAUGGAGCUGUGUGUCACGGCGUGUGAGAAAUACGCCACCAACAACGAGAGUGCUGCCAAGAUGAUCAAAGAGACGAUGGACAAGAAAUUUGGGUCCUCCUGGCAUGUGGUGAUUGGGGAAGGUUUUGGCUUUGAGAUCACUCACGAGGUGAAGAAUCUGCUUUACAUGUUCUUUGGUGGCAGCCUGGCUGUGUGUGUCUGGAAGUGCUCCUGACAUCUGGCUGGGUCCCAGACUCGCUGCAUACAAGAGAUUUCUUCCUUUUCUUGACAGGUUUUCUACAAUCUGGAGGUGGGGCUUUAUUUUUAAUAGUUAAAUGUCAAGAUUUUUUCCUUUCCAUACUGACGUAACAGUUUCAUGGGAUACAUAUAGUUGCUGCGUGUGUGCGUGUGUAUAAACUUGCGAAGCUGUCCUGUCCUUGCUCAUGGGAUUUCUCAUCUGUCUGUGGCUCUUUCCGUGGUGUCUGAGCCGAAGCCGGAAGGAGGUGGGGAACAGGUAAUCUCACGACACGCUGCAAAGCCGUACAGCAGCGCUAGGAGGGGGAAGUGAAAGAGGAAAGGUGCUAUCUAGCCCUAUGGGUUUUUUUCUCUCCCACUUGUUCCACGUCUUGUCCUCUCUUCUCUGCCUUCCCCACUACCGUGUGGUAUGGCUUUGCCCAGCACCUGUCUCUCUGAAUACCAUCUUCCCUGCUUCUGAGAUGCCUGUACAGAACUGGCAGUGCCACGGCUGCCCGUGGAGGUGUGAGCCACAGGGAAGCAGACCCGGCUUGCCCUUCCCUGCUUCUUUUGGGAGGGUACAACAGCUGAGCUGUCUGGGUGUAGGAGGUUGCUAUGCAAACUGCCCCCUCCUUUCUCACCCACCGCUUACUGAGAUAGCAUGAAAACACAGGCGGCUGACGAUGCCUGGGGAGUGGGUGAGAACUCUUCAUAAGGCUCAAAUGCCUCCCUGUCAGUUUUUGGGGGUGUUGCGAGUGCUGUGUACUUUCAGCAUCUUGUUUGGAGGCUGAGAGAGGAAGGAGGCUCCAUGUGAGAUAUCACAUCAGAAGCCUCAUGUCUUUUUGGGCUUGUGUUCUUUUAGCCUGUUUCAUUUUUUAAAGCUGUCAGUGCUGGAGGAUGGAGUGAACGUCAGUGUAUGUUACGCACAUGGCUUAUUUAUAUAAAUCUGGGGAACUGUGUUUUUACAAUAAAAGUUUAGUAAAAUGUC